AUGGAGAUCGCUACGGAGCAGCAGUGGUCAGAGGUGAUCCGAAAACUGGACGCCCGGCAGACGCCAGAGGCGGCCGGCCUGGUCAGCGCCCACCGGCUUCUCUUGUCUGCCAGCGGCGGACCCACCUGCUGGCGGAUGGACGAAAAUCGUAAAACUGGUGGCUAUUUUCGACCUUUGAGUGAUGGAGAGAUUGAAGCAAUUUUGUAUGAGGACAUUCCCUCUGAUGAUGCAGAGGAUACUGAUAUCGAAGAUGAUGAAGAAAAUGUUAAUAAUUUUGACAAAGCUUUUUCGUGCAAUUUGCAAGAGGCAGAUUCGUUCUUUGUUGACGGCAGAGGAGGGGAAGGGAGGGGGUUGCGUGACGUCAGAGCCGCUGCCCCGCCAGUCGCUGGCGAGGCGGCAGUCAGUUGUCCUCCUGCAGCAGGGCAGCGGCGCAGUUGUGACGGAGCAGCCAGGCUGUCAGCAGCGUGCGACGCAGUGCUGCCUCUCGGCGAGAAUUCCAGCGACAGCGCACCAGCCGCUACGCAGCUGAGGCCCACUGCCACCGCCAGCAGCAGCACCACCACCACCACCACCACCACCACCACCACCACCACCACCGCACUGCCACCACUGGCGGCGCACCCCGCCAGACACCUGCUGCUGCCGCACCGCCCACGUGUCCUCCACCUGAAGAAGCCACUGCUCUUCCCAUCAUGUGAUUCACGUACACUGAGGACAGUGCAGCCACAGCAGCCAUCAGAGGGUGUCAUCACGACAUCUCGGGACUGCACGACAGAGACGAUGCCUUCACCUCCUCCGCCUCCUCUCAUCCCACCGAUGGCGCUGGACCCGCCCACAACGCAGCAGCUGACGCCUUCUACAUCUGGUUACUGGCUUCCAGAGGUGAUGGCGGGGUACCGCCGGAAGCCUGACAUCCCCUGCAGCCACAGCAUCCCGCCCAUCGCAGCAACCGCGACCCUGCCUCGCCCUCCCCUCCUGUCGGUUUGGGAGGGGAGGGAAGUUCCGGCGUAAAGCCAAGCGCCGGCACGCCAGUCGGGAACGUUAGAGCAGAGAGAGCUGUGAAGAAGACAUGAGCCAAUAGCAUGCUGAGCGACCGUCAGCAGCGGCCUCUCGCGGAAGAGAACACAAGCGCCGCUGCUGACUGGUAGAGGCCACUGCUAUAGCAGCAUCGAGACUGGGUACAUUAAAACCACCGACUUAGGAAUUGUAUAUGCUGACGAGAUUGUUAUUUGAAUGUCACCCUCUGCUUGCGACACUUAGGUACUGCCAUUUACUCAUUUCACAAUAAAAGUCUUUUAUACGUUUCGCUUGAGUUGUUGUUUACCGAUCCGAGAAGCGGAUUUCCUAGACACCCCAUGCUCGGCAAAUAGGAAGGAUACAACAAAAGUCAGCGUGUAAUCGAAACUAAUGUGUUGUAAGUACUGGUGAUAAUAUCACUUUGAAACUACACACCGAAGAUGCAGGAUCGUCAGCACAUUAGAUACAGAAGUAAAUUUGGUCGAAGAUCUAAAAUGAAGACGUGUUUUAAGUACAGAAGUUAUGUGUGAGGAGUCUGGAGUUUUAUACAAGUUCCAAUAGCACCAAACAUUUACCGAACAACUAUUUAUUACUAAAUAUUGUGAGAAAACUGGUGUUUAUUAGUAAUCGAGAAUUAUGCUAUUUCUUUAACAUUUUCAGCAAAAGGAGAUUCCCUCUGAUAUGGCGCCUGCCGCUAUCCUGUGAUGUUUAGAGCGCGUGCUAUAAUCGAUUAUAGUUCACUGUUCUGGUGCGAGUGGCGCUGCGGUGGUGAUUUGCUGUUACAUCGCUGGCGUGUAAUUGCAGUGGCCGGCGGAAAGCGAGAGGGUAGUCGGUUUCCGGGUACUGCACGGAACGUGAAGUUCGCUCUGCCUGACAUGCUAGUGACUAGCGCUAAGGUUGUUGUGCCUCGCAAUACGAGCAGAGUGGUCUGGGGCGGAGGCGAAUCGCCGCUGUGCCGGCCAUACGGUGGUGAUUAAACUGAGGUGGCGCACUUGUUCUGCCUGCCUGUCUGAGGUGGAGGUCCGGUGGGGUCCUGUGAUACUCUGGCCCAGAGACUACUAGUUGCUGAAUUUUGGAAUCGUCUGCCAGGUUGGGAUGUGAGCUCGGUUGGUUCGUCAAAUUUUCCACUCUAAUCUCCAGCACUGGUUUCUGGACUUAAUUCUGAUUUGGGGCGGCGUCGUUGGAAGUUUGUGCUGCGGGUGUGUGGCACAUAACGAUAUUUGUUGGUACUAAUUUGUUUGCUCAACUGGAGUAUCUUUUGGUUAUCCCACUGAGGGGGUCGUUGCCCACCCAGUCUGCUCAGCGCUACCUUUGGUGGUACCUGUUUGUUCCUUUUGGAGGAAUUCACGUAGGUGGUUUCUGUUACCUGCCUGGAGUUGUGUUCAUGUAUGGUAUAUUUGGUAUUUGAUGUUUUAGGUAAAGUCUGACUAAGAAAGGCGGUUUUGGAAAGUAUAUACAUAGUGAGUUACUGGUGCUUGGUAUAUGUGGUCUUGUGCGAUCUGAACAAUACGAUUUCGUCAAUUUGGUUUAUGUAACAGAAUUGAGUGGUAUGUUUCGUAUUUUUUCUCACUGUGUUAUUAUUAGCUAUGUGGAAUAGUCGCGUUUGGUGUCGUUAAGGCACUUCUAAGACUGUGGUUUGACUGUUCAUCUGUGCUUAGCUUUUAUUGUUUUGUUUUAAGAAGCGAGAUUGCUUAUUAAUAUCUGUGUGUGUUGGCUUCCGGCACUUGUUAGGAGCGACCGAGUUAACGGCGCCAUGGUUAUCAUGUGCUGUCGGGAUGUUAUAUUGUUAUUUGAUUUUUUUAAUUUUAUCUUGUGUUGAUAUUAUCUGUCGUGUGUAACAGAACAUAACCAAGGUGCAUUAGUAAUGGGCAGUUGUGGGAGGCACGUCGGGAACCUCUCAGCGGUUUAUUUCGGGGACUGUUUCUAGAGAAAAAGGCUUUGAGGUGUUGAGAACUCGUUCGUCUGUGAUUGCAUUGGGGGUUGGCCUUGCCCUUUGGUUGUAUCAAAUUAUUAUAUUGUUGUUAUAUUUAUUGGUUGUGGGUUGCACCUCUUCGAUUUUAUGGUGCCAAGUGCCACUAUCUUUCUCAAGGUUUUUUAUAAAAAAGAUUUUUAAUUGCAAUGCCAAGUUAACAUAUUAUUGGAUUUUGCCUCUUGGGUAAACUGUAAAAACACUAUUGUAAAAGGUUGCUUGAUGUUAUGGUGGCAAGCCUUCAUUAUUGUUUUUAAAGCUGUUUCUUUUAGCCAUUUGUUAAGUUCUAUAAGUUACAUGAAAGUGAUGUUACUUAUAAGAGUUUAGCAUUGGCAAUUUAAUAAACUGUGC